AUGAUCACUCAUGUCUCUGUCACGUUCCCAGAUAAAGGGGUUGUGUUUGGAACCCCGCUAACAGAAAUCUGUAUUGCCCAGAUCUACCAGCUCAUUGAGUACCUCAGCAAAAAUCUGCACGUGGAGGGUCUGUUUCGGGUGCCGGGGAACAGCGUCCGGCAGCAGACGCUGAAGGAGCUCCUGAACAGCGGGGUGGAUGUGGACCUGGAGUCUGGAGACUUUCACCCCAAUGACGUGGCCACGCUGCUCAAGACUUUCCUGGGAGAGCUGCCUGAGCCCCUGCUCACACAAAGACACUUUCACGCACACCUCAAGAUAGCCGAUCUGACUCUGUUUGACGAACUCGGGAACAAGACUGCGUUGCCCAACAAGGAGCGCCAGAUAGAAGCCCUGCAGCUCCUCUUCCUGCUGUUACCUCAGGCCAACCGGUCCCUGCUCAAACUGCUCCUGGACCUGCUCUACCACACCGCCAGGCAGCAGGACAAGAACAAGAUGUCCGCCUUCAACCUGGCCCUCAUGUUCGCGCCGCACGUCGUCUGGCCCAGAAAC